AUGCCGCGGCUCUUCGGAGGGGUUUCUAUUCUUUCUGCCACCUUGCUCGUCGCCUUCAUUGGCGUUGUGGUGCUUGUUGGCUUACUCUGGCGGUUUCAGGAGAAACUCCUUUUUCUCAAUGCGUUUCCCGUGGGAUACAAAACUCCAAAUUUGAAUCCUCGUGGCUACCGUAGUCCUGCAGAACGCGGCAUUCCCUUCAAGGAUGUGUCAUUCACUACUCGCGACGGCGUUAAGUUGAGCGCUUGGCUUCUGCUUGGCGAAAAGCCACUGGAGGCUCCUACUUUUAUUCAGUUCCACGGAAAUGCCGGAAACAUUGGAUUCCAUCAGGGACAUGCAGAAGUCCUCUGUGCGGAGAUGGGCGCGAAUGUUUUGCUCCUAGAUUACAGAGGCUACGGAAACAGCGAAGGCACGCCCUCGGAAAGUGGAGUGUACGCAGACGCGGAUGCUGCUCUGGAUUUUCUGUUGAGCACUUCUCUUGUAAACAAUAAAGACAUUUUCUUGUUUGGUCAUAGCUUGGGCGGAGCAGUAGCCAUCGACCUUGCACGCCGCAGAGGGAAAGAGCUGAAGGGACUAGUUGUGGAGAACACGUUUACUUCGUUGCGUGACGUAAUCCACGAUAUAGUUCCUGCUUCCCGAAAAUUUGAUUGGCUGCUAAAUGCCAUUCAGCGGAUGAAACUAUCGAGCGAAGAUAAAGUCCGUCAAAUGGGAAUACCAGCGCUUUUUAUUUCGGGUCGCAGCGACGAGCUCAUACCUCCCCGCCACAUGGAUAAGCUCCACCAUGCCUGUGGUUCGCCUGUGAAGUGGAAAGUGGAUAUUCCUGGAGGGGAUCACAAUUCCACAUGGCUUUACGGGGGAACGGCAUAUACCGAGAAUCUCCAAAAGUUUAUCAAAACGGCAGUUUCGUUGUCGACGGGAGAUUUGAACGGCGACGCCGUGGCCUCUUCCAUCAAGGAAAAAUUACCUGUUUCGUCAGGCGCACCAGAGGAUUACCAGGCUGCAAAGGCGGAUCUCUCCGGUUCAAGCGAAACUUUGAGUUCAUACGAAACGUCAGAGGUGGUUCAGGAAAUGAAACCAAAGGAUCCUUGGUCUUUAUUCGGCUUGAAGCCACAAACGAUGGCGUUGGCUCUGUUACUUAUUGUGCUGCUUGUACGUAAGGGCAUCCACUCGACAGCUGGAGCGCGGCACAUAGAAGGGAGAACCCACGCACAUCCUUCGAGCAGGCUAGACGAACCCGGCUUGGAAUUGGACGUCCCUGACGUCGACGAAGCGCGCCGGAAAUCCACUCUCCUCAAUGACGACUCCGCCCAAAGCACACCCGGGACCCCUGUUCCCGCACUGGUAGAACUGGUAGAACCAGAUGUCAAACACUCAGAAGCUGCCCGUAUCGACACUUCCACAUCUUAA